AUGAACAGAAUUGCUGGAGUUCUGCGGCGUACGUUCGGAAUAGCACGCGACCACGUCGGGACAGAUACUUUGGGGAAUAAAUAUUACUUAAUCCCAGAACAGAAGACAUGGACAGGAAGGCUCGUCCGUGCCAAGCGGAUGGUAGUGGCAGCCAAUCCUAACGAAUAUGAAUAUAUAGAAGGCAGCAUACCGAUGGAGUGGGACGCUUGGAUCCGAGGCAGACGGAAGGAGCCCCCCUCCGUCGAGGAGCUGCUGAAGAAUGAUUCUUACAGGGAGCACAUUAAACUGAAGGCCAAGGAAGUGGAGGAGAAAGAACUGGCCCUACAGGCCAAGGAGUAUGAGGAGGGUCUGGUGGCGACUCCUGCAAAGACUGUGGCCAAGGGCCACGCAGCCACGACCAGCUUCGGCAAGCAGGAGAUCAGCGAAGACCCCACCAGCACUGCAAACACGUUCCAGCCUGGCUCCUGGAUGCCCAAUCCCAAGAAAUAGACUCAGACAUCCACAUAUAUGGAGACCGCUGUACAAAGUAAUACAAUCCAAUAGAAAAGCCCUGCAAUGAAUACUACCUUUGUGAAACUGAUAUUCACCUUACGUUAAGACUUUGAAAUUUAAUUUUAGAAGCAACUUUCAGUAUAAUGCAAUCCAAGUCAACAACACCACAAACUAUGACUCCAGAAAAUUACCAGUUUAAUCAUCUCCUCUCCAUUUCACAGAGGAAGUAUUUCUUUCAAGGCUGUUUUAUUGGACUGUAUUACAUUGUAUGAGUUCCUAUUUUUCUAGUCCCUUUGUGUAGUCGAUAUUGUAUAUAAACAAGACAAUAAGCAUCGAUCAUCUUGAAGCUGACAUAUAAGUGACCGCAAUGAUUUAAUGUAGCUGAAAGGUCUGUGAAUAAAGCAAAGCAAAACUAAAAUGGGUGUACUUCCAGUUAACAACUGCAAAUACACUGUCAUGUUGAAGAUAUUGUAAAAAAUGUAAUCUAAUACAUUGUAAAUAUUUUAAUUACACAGAUAUUGACUCCUUGCCAUUAUAAUGAAUCAUAUUAAAUGUAUAAAAUCCAAGCUGAUCAGAA